AUGUCAUUGUUUCAAGUUAAAGGAUGGGAUGUCAAGGGGGAUGUAAUUGCUGAUAAGGGGAAGUCGAAAAAGAACCAAAAGAAACCAAAGAAAGCCACCAAUAGCAACAACAAUAAAGGUGAAGCAUCUAAAGAAAAACCAAAGGACAAUAAAAAGAAUAAUAAUAAGAAGCGUAAUCAUAAAAAAAUGACUGAAGAGAAGGAAGAGAGUGAAGGAAGUGACAAUGAAGAAAAUAGUGAUUUAUCUGAAGGAGAAGAAGAAAAAGAAGAACAACCACAACUACAAGCAAAGUCAAAACCAAGCAAAUCUAAUCCAUCAGAACCAGCCCCAAAACCAGCUUCGACAAAAUUGACUCCAUUACAACAGAAAAUGAUGAUGAAGUUAUCCGGUUCCAGAUUCAGAUGGAUCAAUGAACAACUUUAUACUACCAGAUCCGAAGAAGCUCUACAAUUAAUCAAAGACCAACCAGAAUUGUUCGAUGCCUAUCACCAAGGUUUCAGAUCCCAAGUUCAAGGCUGGCCAGAAAACCCAGUAGACGUUUUUGUUCAAGAAUUCAAAUUCAGAUCCAAAAAGCCAGUUAAUGCCCCAGGGGGGUUACCAGGUAUUGUCAAUGAAGAUACUAAUGAGAAAACCGUUGUGAUUGCCGAUAUGGGAUGUGGGGAAGCCCAAUUAUCGAAAGAUAUUGGAGAGUUUGUCAAACAGUUCAAUGGCGGGAAGAACAAGAAGUUCAAGAAGAAUGAUAGAACAUCGAGAUUUAAUAAACUUAAGAAAUUGAAUGUCGAAGUUCAUAGUUUUGAUUUGAAAAAGGCUAAUGAUCGCAUCACGGUGGCAGAUAUCAAGAAUGUUCCAUUACCUGAUGGAUCAUGUUCUGUGGUGAUUUUCUGUUUAGCAUUAAUGGGGACAAACUUUUUGGAUUUUGUCAAUGAAGCGUAUAGACUUCUAGCUCCAAGAGGGGAAUUGUGGAUUGCAGAAAUUAAAUCAAGAUUCAAUGAUGUUAAAGAUGGCAAACCCCAGCAAGGUCAAGGUGAAGAGUUUGUCAAUGCUUUGAAAUUAUUGGGAUUUUUUCAUAAGAGAACCGAUACAGAAAAUAAAAUGUUUGUUAGAUUCGAGUUUUUCAAACCUCCACCAGAUAUUCUUGAAGAAAGAAAACAGAAAUUGGAAAGACAGAAGAAAUUCAUUGAGGUUGAAACCGAAAAGGAGCAGUUGAUUGAAAAAAGAGAGAAGAAUGCUGAAGGUAAUUGGUUAUUGAAACCUUGUAUUUAUAAGAGAAGAUAA